CCUUCCUUCUCUGUCCUCCCUUCCUGCUCGGGGCGCGCAUUCGACACCAGCUCGGUGCUGUCCCCCAGGCCGCCGUUUGGACACGGCCCCGCGCCGCCCCCGGUGCUCGGAGCCGCGCACAGCCRGAGCUGCGGCCGCGGGGGUCGCGGCGGGGGCGGAGCAGCCCCGGCCGUUCGCCCCGGAGCCCCGGAGAGGAUUCCAACAGGAAAAUUUUCUUGACCUUGUCUGGGUAGUUCUUGAGGAUGGCAAGCAAAGGAUCCACRGCUUCUGCAUCAACAAAGAGCUCCAGUACUGGAGGGACCAGUGGCAGCAGCAGCAGUAAUGGUGCUGGGGACAGCACSAACCAGGACAACACUUUUGAAUGUAACAUCUGUCUAGACACUGCCAAGGAUGCAGUUAUCAGCUUGUGUGGGCACCUCUUCUGUUGGCCUUGUUUACACCAGUGGCUAGAGACCAGGCCAAACAGACAAGUGUGUCCUGUAUGCAAAGCAGGAAUCAGUCGAGAUAAAGUUAUUCCUCUGUAUGGAAGAGGCAGCACUGGGCAGCAGGACCCCAGAGAGAAAACUCCACCACGACCCCAAGGACAGAGACCUGAACCAGAGAACAGAGGGGGAUUCCAGGGCUUUGGGUUUGGYGAUGGUGGCUUCCAGAUGUCAUUUGGAAUUGGGGCAUUUCCCUUUGGUAUAUUUGCAACAGCCUUCAACAUAAAUGAUGGGCGACCUCCCCCAGCUGUUCCAGGGACUCCUCAAUAUGUGGAUGAGCAGUUCCUUUCCCGCCUCUUCCUGUUUGUGGCACUGGUGAUAAUGUUCUGGCUGUUGAUUGCAUAAGUCUUUUCCAUUAUUCUAUAUAUUCAUGACCAACAAGGCCACUGAAACAGUUACAAACUGCAUCCCCAUCCCAUUUUAAACCUCUUGGUGUCUGGUUCCAUAGCGAACUAUGGGCUUCAGGAAUUGGUGGUACCACAGCACAAUGAGGAAUCUCACAUUUUGCACCAGAGUUGGAAAUUAAACAUUGGUUAAAAAGUGUAUUUCAGCUCAGAUAUCUUGUACAACAGGUUUCUGCCACAAACCACAGGCCUAGCAUUGAGCUGUGCUCCAAAAGGGAGUGCUGCUUUGAAAUCCUGUGCCAAUCAGUGACACAAGGGUGUCAGGUCUGUGGGACAGACAGUUAUCCCAAGGUAGACUGGGCAGGUAAGGAAACUUCUCCAGUGUGACCAGUAUCUCCUGCUUUGCAACCACAAUGGAUCUGCCAGAGCUGCAGAUGUUAUUUAAUAUCUCCAUCAACAUCUGACCUCCAGGAAAUCAUCUGCAGCACUGCUGAGACUUUCUGGGGCACAGCACGUGAUGCAAACGGAACCAGCUCUGGAGACUGGUUUCUUUUCCUGCUGUUUUUUCCCAGCGUGAUGGAAAACCCUUCCUGAUGGUUCUGAUGGCUGUUGGAAGAAGGGAUACAAAUUUAUGCUGCAAUUUUUUUUAAGCCUGAGCAUGCUGGAGCCAGACACUGGAAGAUUCUCUGGCUGUGGAGCCAGRUGGGGCUGCUGGAGCCAGCCCAGUUCCUCCCUGACAGUGUUGUCUUCCCGGGCUCUGUGGCUGCACUGGUGGAUAAUCCCCUCCCAACCUCGUCACUGUAGCGACAGUUAUCCUUCCCGAGCCUUUGAGACUUUCUACACAAGGUCAUGUACUCCAAAUAAAAUCCUAUUACAGAUCUGAGAUCAGCUUGUUUGGGGAGAGAAACAAAAGGCAUCUUUACGUGAGUUUUGAGGUUAAACUUGUCAUACUGUAAAAUUACACAGGAGGAGAAAUGAGAUCCUGCCUUUGCCAGCACAUGCCCAGUAGGGAAUAUUUGGAAGACCUUCUCUCUGCAGGUGCACACAGACCUUCUGCAAUGCCACAGCAGAACAGCUACAGCAAGAGUCUCUGCAGUAUCUACCAAAGAUUUUAAUUUGAAGUGCUGGAGGAGACCACAACCAUUAAUGUGCUGAGGGGAUAUUUCAGAAGGUGAGCACUCUGUAGCCGCUUUGGAAUCCUGUUGGGUAUUCAGCUUUAAAGAGUACUCCUGAKGUAUUUGUGUAGAUUCCUUCGAAACAGAUACAAGAGAUUCCCUAGCAAGAUGAACAGUUCAUAUUUCUCUGACCAGGCAAUUCCAUUUUUUUUCUCUUACUGUUUUUAGAUUAUUUUGAUUCAGGAUGCUUGUAGUCAUAAUGAUUUCCUGCAAGAUGAAUGUUGUGACUUCCCUGGMAGUAGACAGAAUACUGACAAACAAAUCAAUUAAUAGAAACUUUGUUUCAAUAGCUUGGGGUUUUCUAGUGUAUGGAAGAGUUUCCUGGGCAGGACACCUUUAAUUAAUUGUUGUAGAAAUUUAUUUAUGUAAUUAUAAACUGUUUGCUUUUAGUGUCAAGACAGAGGAUGAYUGAAGUUUAACUUGCCUACCUCCAAAAUUCCAUCUGGCAAGUAGAAUGUUGCAAAGCUUUUGCAGUGUUUUGUCACGUCAGAUUUACACCUGACUCGAUGGUAAUCUGACAGAAUAWUUUGCUCAACUAUUUAUAGUUGAGGUGGUGCUUCAGCUUUUUUUGUGCAACACUUAGAAGCUGAACUUCGGCAUAGGGUUCUUCUCAGUGCUGAACUUGGUAAUUGGGGCCCUUCCUGGAGAAAGGCUGUUUCUGUUUGGUUGUCCUGCAAUGUCGCAGCUUUGGGUUCCUCUCCUGCGUAGUCAGCACCACCUGCUGAUGGGAAGGGAAGGUUCAUGUGAUGGUAAGGGAUGGAUUCCUUCUCCUCUUUGUACGGAGAAACUCGAUGCUGAGAGGUUAUGCAGGAGGAGCARGGUAUCCCUUUGAAGCCUUUAUCCCAUAAAGAGGAUAGAGAAGUGACUGCAAUAGAUUCAAGAGGUAUUGAAACGUAUUUGCGUAAUUUUAAAAUACAGAAUUUUAAUGGAUCGAGGGGACUUCCAUCUAAGAGUGAGAGAGAUAAUGGUUUAAGASAAGGCUGCAGAAAGGUGAUCGAGAGCUCUUAUUUUCCGGCAAUUCAAGGAUGAAAUGGUCUAAAAGUGUUAACGCUUGGUUCCCCCUUUCCCUGGUGUGCUUUUGUAUGUACCCCUGCCCCGCACCCCUACCGCACACGGCCCGGACGGCUCGGUUAGUGCGUUACCGUCCCUCCUCACUAAUUUUCACUGUUGUGAAAGUGAUUUAGAAUUAAAGAAUGGUUUUAC